AUGAUGAUAUUCAGAGGAGAGAAAACAGGAACCGUGUGGAUCUCUGACCGACAUGCCUCUCAUUACUGACAGAAAAUACAUGCAGUAGAUCUUCUGAUGGGAUGGUUUCUUGCAGCCAUUAUCCUUUUCUAAUGCUCUUAUUCUCCUAUGUGAGGCAGAUCUUCCCUCAGUAAUUCAUUGUAGGCUCGGAGGCGGUUGUCCUGAUGAAGUGUCGGCAGAGGGAGGAGGAAACCAAAGAGAGGAAGGAAACGAGGAUAACGUCACAAGAAGCAGAAUCGGAGUAAAACGGACUGAAUAGUAUUUAAUGGACAGUGCUUGAUGUGGGCCAGGGGACCGAGCUGCUCAAUUGUGUUUGUUUACGUCGCAUUUGGACAAAGAUGUGUUUGUUAACUGAUCGGGCGUGAAAAAAAAAAAAACUUUUCGAGGAGAAACGGCAACACAGCAGCAGAUUUCAUCUUUUUUCAGCAGGCUCCACCACAGCAGAGAAAUGGAAAUGUGUGUAGCCCUCCUGCGUUUGCCUGUUCGCUGAAGGAUUUGGAAAUAGCCUAAUCGUGACACACGGAGCUUUAAGUGGAUCUCAUUUUUUUAAUGAGCAGAAAAGACUAAAUCCUCCAGCGGAUUUUUUUUGUGGGGACGCUGCCUUCGGUUUUUUUUGUAACGGCAGAGGGGGAAAAAGCAGCAAAUCAUCGGGAGAAUUAACAGGUGACAGCUUGAAAAAUCCAAAAUGAGUGAGUUGGAGCAACUUCGCCAGGAGGCUGAGCAGCUUAGGACCAGAUACGAGAUGCCAGGAAAGCAUGUGGAGACUCAACCCUGACACAGAUAACUGCUGGUCUGGAUCCUGUGGGGCGGAUCCAGAUGCGGACGAGGCGCACCCUCCGAGGCCAUCUCGCUAAGAUCUACGCCAUGCACUGGGGCACUGACUCAAAGCUUCUGGUUAGUGCCUCUCAAGAUGGAAAACUGAUCGUGUGGGACAGCUACACCACUAACAAGAUACACGCAAUCCCUUUGCGCUCCUCCUGGGUGAUGACCUGUGCGUACGCCCCCUCUGGGAACUACGUGGCCUGCGGAGGCCUGGACAACAUCUGCUCCAUCUACUGCCUGAAGACUCGCGAGGGCAACGUGAGGGUCAGCAGGGAGCUACCUGGCCACACAGGUUACCUGUCAUGUUGCCGUUUCAUCGAUGACAAUCAAAUCAUCACGAGUUCAGGAGACACCACCUGUGCACUGUGGGACAUCGAGACGAGUCAGCAGACCACAGUGUUCUCGGGCCACAGUGGAGACGUCAUGAGUCUGUCUCUGUCGCCCGACCUGCGCACCUUCGUGUCCGGAGCCUGCGACGCCUCGGUCAAACUGUGGGACAUCAGAGACAGCAUGUGCCGGCAGACCUUCACGGGCCACGAGUCGGACAUCAACGCCAUCUGUUUCUUUCCCAACGGCAGCGCCUUCGCCACCGGCUCGGACGACGCCACCUGCAGGCUGUUCGAUCUCCGUGCCGACCAGGAGCUCAGCCUCUAUUGCCAUGACAACAUCAUCUGCGGCAUCACCUCCGUGGCUUUCUCCCGCUCCGGCCGCCUGCUGCUGGCCGGUUACGACGACUUUAACUGCAACAUCUGGGACGCCAUGAAGGGAGACAGAGCAGGGGUCCUGGCCGGCCAUGACAAUCGUGUGAGCUGUCUGGGUGUGACGGAUGACGGUAUGGCGGUGAGCACCGGGUCCUGGGACAGCUUCCUCAAGAUCUGGAACUGAGCUGUGCACACCGACAGCAACACACACACACACACACACACACACACACACACACACACACACACACACACACACACACACACACACACACACACACACACACACACACACACACACACACACACACACACACACACACACACACACACACACACACACACACACACACACACAGCUCCCUUCUUUGGACACAGUUUGCACCCUGUAUUCACUGUAUGUAAGAUUCAACAGACAAACUGCAACAUUGUACUGUACAUAAUAUAUAUGACUUAGGUAUGACUUUAUACACACACGCGCACACACACACAUGCACACUACCUACAGCUGAUUUAAGUAAAGACCCGCACAUGCACACACACACACACACAAACACACACACGUAUUCUGUAAAAUGUAAAAAUGUGACAAAAACAGUUGAAUCUUCAGUUGCUUAAAUAAAAAAAAAACACAAAUGCCACUAUGACCUGAAGCCUUUUAACACGUCUAACACGCUCAUUCACACACACACACACACACACACACACACACACACACACACACACACACACACACACACACACACACACACACACACACACACACACACACACACACACAUAGUUUUUCCUGCGAGACACUGCUCCUCCAGUUAAACAGGGGAGAAGACGUUAUUGGACAAUUCUGUCUUUGUUUACAAUGAAGUCCAAAAUGCACUUCAGACAAAACAUUUCUGUACUAUUUUUGUCUCGGUAGCACAUGUAUCUCUGCGACACUAAUGUGAAGGAAGUGAGGAGAGAGUCAUGUGAGUCCAUCGACACUGAAAAAAGAGGAGAAUAUCAACUCUUAUUUUCAUCUGGCUCGAGACAUUAUGUAGUCACUGUUUUUAUAGAUACGUACCCCCCACACACAGUACAUCUGCUCUACUUGUUUUAUUUUUUACACUUAUUUUAUUCAUGUUCUCCCUGUGUGCCUCAGAUACACUUUAAGGAUUAUUAAUAGAGAAUAUUGAUACAGUUAAAUUAACAUUAAAAAAAAGAUCUGAGAUUCAAAAAAGGUGGGUGAAAAAAUAAAAGCAUUAUAAGACACAUCUUAAUAAAGCAGGAGCCAGUAUUCAUACUUUGACUUUGUCAAUGUAUUAUCUGGACUUUACGAUGGUAUAAUUGUACAUAAUAUUAAUAAAUAAAUAGCCUCUCCUGCCAGUUAUCGUGGUUUUCUUUAUUCACACACUGUGGAAGUGAUGAACUCGAUGUGAAGAGGUACAGUUUGGCCAUUUGAUAUGACUACACAUGAUAUGUCUGGUACUGGAUUUGCAACACACACAUUGACCUGAAAGGUUCCCACGCUAUUUAGAAACUAUACAAUUGGUAAUUUUACAGCAUAGGUCAAUUUUGUCAAUUUUAAUUAGUUAUUUUUAUUUUACAAUAACACAAUUUUUUUUUGAUAUUAUGGAAAAGAGGGGUCAUUUGAAAUGUUGUCGUUAAAUUAAUUAAAAAAUAUCCUAUUAA